AUGGACUAUUCAUGUACCCAAGAAAGUGGGAGAGUUUCCUCCUCCCAAACAAGACACCGUGUUUGGAGUCCGACUGAGAAGGCUGCCCUUGUAGAUAUAUUGAAAGACAUGGUGAAUGAGGGUUGUAGGGCAGACGGGUUUAGGCAAGGUUAUAGUUUCGAGAUUGAAAGACGAUUGAAGUUGAAGUUUCCAAAUUGUACCCUUUGUGCAGACCCUCACAUAAGCUCAAAAAUACAUGUGUGGAGGAAGAACUACGUGAGUGUAGCACUCAUAAAAGGUAAUUUAGGCUUUGGGUGGAACGAGAUCACAAAAACAUUUUCGUGCGAUGAUCCUGUAUGGAUAGUGUGGUUAAAGGUUGUUGCGCUGGUUCUGUUGGAACGGAUCUGCACAUAUCAAAAUCUGGAAUUGGAUUUCCUGAUAACUCUCCCUAUCUCUGAUCGUCGAUCUCCCGUCACACCAUUGCCGGUGAUACGCCGGGACUCGAGCGGCCAAGGAUCGCUGCCGUUGGGCCGUUUCCGUCGCGUUGCUGCUGCCGCUAGGCGGCCCUUGUCGUGCGGCCGGUUGUUGUCGUCGGCCUCGACCCGUAACCACGCUCCUUUGGAGGUGAGCGGAUAA